CAUCGAAAUUUUCCGAAUCUGCCAAACUGACAACCUUGAGUAAAGUAAAAUCGGCUGUGAAAUGUCAAACUAAAAAAAUAACAGUUUAUUAUGAUAGUAAAUUUUAGUUUUAAGCGAAGUAAUAUAGUCUUUAGGAAAAAAUCGGUUGCGCGGUUCCAGUGCGAAGGGAUUGAGCCGCGAUGCAUAUUCGGGCACUGAUUUUUUGGUUAGUUUUCUGUGUUUCCGGGAAAUGUGUACAGUGCGAGCCCGACAGUGUGUACCAGAUCGCCAGCGAGGCUGUCAAACACAACGAACUCAGUAAUGCGGAGUCCAAAAAUUCCGGCUCCGAGGCCAGGGAGCCUCUUCGUAGUACUUAUUCUUCCAGUGACUUAACCACUUCCAACAGCCAUAAAGAUGACAUUUCAGUUUUGUAUGAGACAUGUAGCAUUCAGGACUUUGCCUGUUUGGCUAUGGCAGCCAGUGAUAAACUAGGAUUGGAGGCAAUUAAAUCUCUGCAUCAGAAAUUGGAUGAUGAUGCCAAUGGGAACAUUGAUUUAUCCGAAUCGGAUGAUUUCCUAAGGGAGGAACUGAAAUACGAUUCUGGUUAUGAGAAGCGGCAAAAGGUGUUCCAUAAGAACGACAUGCACAUCUCGGUGAAGGAGUUGUGGGAGGCGUGGCUCAAGUCCGACGUCCACAACUGGACCAUCCAGCAGACAACCGAAUGGCUCACACAAUCGGUCGAAUUACCUCAAUACGUCCCCAAUUUCAUCCAGCACAAGGUCACUGGUGCCAAUUUACCAAGACUGGCCGCCAACAAUGCACACUAUUUGAGCCUUAUAGGCAUCAAGGACCCGAUCCACAAGCAGAAGAUCUCGCUGAAGGCGAUGGACGUGGUCCUGUUCGGACCGCCGAAAGAUAGCACACCCCACUGGAAGGAUCUAACGCUAAUUUUCCUGACAAUCGUCGGCGGCCUAGGCGUAUAUUAUGCCUUCCAGCAGAACAAAAGGUUCCGGCACCACUUGGCACGCAUGAACCGCGACAUGGAUAGCCUGCAAAACGCCGAAAAAGCCCUGGAAAACCUCCAGAAGGAGCUUGAGGUGGCGAAGCAGGCGCAGGAGAGCGUCAUCACCGAGAAACUCGACCUGGAGAAGAAAUUACAGGCGGAUUCGUUGACGUUGUCCACCUCGAAUUCGGAUCUGGAAGUGUCUCAACUAAAAGCUGAGAUUGAGAUGUUGCGGACGGAAUUGCAAAUAGCGGAGGGUGAACUGAAGGAUAGGUGUUGGGCUCCACCGCCCGGAUUGCAGCAGUGGUUGCAGCUGACGCACGAAAUUGAAAAUAAAGGUUACAUUAAAAAGAAAAUUAUCGCGGAGAAGCAACUGCAACAAGCCAGAGAAGCUUGCGAAAAACUGCGGAAGAAGCGCUCGAGUCUAGUCGGUGCCUUCGUGUCGACGCACGGCAAAUCGAUCGACGAGGUCGAUCGUUCGAUAGUGGAGGCACGUACCGCCCUCAACGAGGUCACGCAAGAGCUGCAGGAGCGGGUGCACCGCUGGAAACAGAUCGAACUUCUGUGUGGCUUCAAUAUCAUCAACAACAGCGGUAUAAACUCGUUAGAGAAUGUGCUGUACAACCGGGUCGGGAUGAACGGCCGCGGACUUAAGGGCCGCAUGAACAGCACGGACGAUUUAGAUGAUGAGACUGGUUCUUUGUACGGCGGCCACGCAGGAUACGUAGACGCCACCCAUCCCAUGUACCAGUGGAAAGAGGGCGACUCAUCCGAAAGUGAGAACAGCAAAAUGGACGAAGAAGUGUUUGUUUCCGAUCAGAAAACCGUCAGUUUUGUUGUGGGCGGCAACGUCGAUGCUACCUGGCCGGAAGAUCCGAUUCCACAGCCGGUCCGGAUGCCGCACAGGCCGGCCAGAAUGCUGACGGGGCCGCGGAGUGUGAGCAACAACGACAUUCACGUCGCCACGCCCCCCAAAUCGGGCAUGAUUCGUGCCUACUCCCAGGACUCGAACAUCGUGCUGGAGACGCUGGGACGGGCGAAGGCGCACGCCACUACCUCGUCGUCGGAUCCGUCGCUGGAAGGCGCCGCCCGAUUGCCUUCACGCAGUUCCACCCGCGAAUUGCAAUACGGAUCGAUUGAGGAAGAUGUGUGUUCGACCGAUUCGUCUCUGAUGGAGGACGAUGUCAAGAAGAAAAAGCGAAAACUGUUCAGCUUCGCCAAAAAGAACAAGACCAAGGGCGACUGAGCUGGAACGUAUUUUAUUUAUUAUUAUUUUUUAAUUAUUUAUUUAGAUUGAAUUGUUAUUUUUAUCCCCCCACAAGAUACACUUAAUUAUUAGGAUUGUAGGGACGAUUUUACCUCAGUUUUUUAGUUUCGGGUUUUUAGCGAAUAUACGUGGAUAGUAGAUUUACGUGUAAUACACAAUAUUGUCUUCCAGUGUCCGUAAGGUCGUGCAUUCGGCUUUGGAAAGUUCAGAGUUACCACUUACACCAAGUACCAUUUGCGUAUGGUACUUUCUUAACCAGGAGAAUAAUAUAAAAGGUUAAACUCUUGAAAUCUCCUGAAAAUCUCAUAUCAUUCAGUACUUAACGAAUAUAGAUCAUAACUUAAACCUACAGUUCCUUAUGUAUGCAAUAAAAUCAGGCAUUGUAAGAUGUAUUACUAUAGUAUCCUGAGGAUGGACAUCAAGAACAUAAGAUUUCUAAAUAAAUUCUAACAAUUUUUAGAUAUAAAAAUGAAUAACGAAUGAAUCAAAUGAAAGUACAAUUUAUUAAUCUUUUAUUACAAUAUUACCUUGAGUCAAUAAUAUUAAAUAUUUACAAAAAUUAAACGAAAUAUUUCACUUUUAAACACAUACAUUUUAAAUUGUUCAUAAACAAUUCUUGAUGGUCCAGUAUUGGGAAUGUUCACCUAGUGCAAUUUUUCUUUUAUGCUAACUUUUAGAUUUCUCAAGACAAUUACGAAAAAAUGGUUGUGGAUAUCCGAAAUUGACUUAAUGAAGGCUUUAUAGGGAAUUUUUGAUCUGUGUAUAUACUUGUUAUGCGGAUGAAGUGCACUUCUUCAUCGAAUUGAAUAAAAAUAUUUUUAUAUGGACUGUAACUUUUUGAAAUUUUUUGAAUUAGUAGAAUUUUACUAUUGUAUAUUUUGUAUGACAAAUAAACGUAAGUUACUGUAAAUAUGUUGCGAUACUCGGAUUUUAGAAUGAGUAAUUGUGAAAAAAUAAACAUAUUUAUUUAUAACCUUUA